AUGACUGUUCGAACACCAGAUGAGGAGAAUCCCACUCAAGAGGCUCCCCCUCGGGAUAUCCCCGACGGAGCCUUUGCCAUCGGCCUUGAACCCAUCGUCGUUACAAUGUCCAACGUGAAUGGCGAUCCCGAGACGAGAUCGGUGGCUCAGUCGACCGGCGGGGAUGUUGAGUCCAAGAUGAGUGCCUGGAUAUGUGUUCUGGGAUCGUUUCUGUGUCUAGUUCCAACUUUUGGCUUCAUGCAGUCCCUUGGAACCGUUCAGUCGUACCUCAGUCUCAACCAGCUCAAGGACUACUCCGAGGGUGAAGUAGGGUGGAUCAGUGGCAUGUUUCUGUUCCUGUCCCUGGUCUUCAACCUGCAGGUCGGCCCCCUAUUCGACGUUCACGGCCCAAACAUUAUCGGUCCAGUCGGGGCGCUUCUAUAUGUUGCCAUCUUCAUCUUCAUGGCCGAGUGCAAGACCUACUGGCAGUUUAUGCUGUGUCUCGGUGUGUUUGGAAGCAUUGGUGCUGCCAUGACAAUGGUGGUUGCUGUAGCCAUCGUUGGAAAGCUAUUCAUCCGUCGACGAGGCCUGGCUAUGGGCAUUGCCCUCGCAGGCUCGUCCGUCGGCUCCGUCAUCUUCCCCAUUAUCUUCCGGUACACGUUCCCAGGCAUCGGAUGGAAGUGGUCGAUGCGUAUCAUGGCCUUCAUCUCUGCUGGUCUUCUCAUUCCCGCCAUGCUCUGCUUUAUCCCAUUCAACAGACUACACGGGAUUACCUCCGAUGGUCAACCGAGGCCCAAGAGCUCCGCCCUCAACCUGGCGGCAUUCAAAUCACCCGCCUUUUCCUUCGUAACAGCUGGACUCUUUAUGCUCGAGUUUGCCAUCUUUAGUAUCGCUGGUCUCCUGCCGUCUAUUUCUACCCGGGCGGGCUUCACACCAGAGGAAGGUUACACUCUUUUGGCUAUUAUCGGUUCCACGUCGACGUUUGGUCGUAUCAUCCCGGGGCUCAUCGGUGACCGGAUCGGGCAUUUCAAUGUGCUACUCAUCUCGAUGGCCUUUACAAUUCUGUUCAUGGGCGUCAUGUUUGUUCCCUUUGGUACCACCUCGGCUCCCAUACUGUAUGCAUUUUCUGGGCUUUGGGGUUUCGGUUCUGGCUCUUUUUUAUCGAUUACUCCAGUUUGCAUGGGCAAGACAUGCGAGACCAAGGACUAUGGGAGAUAUUACGGCACAAUGAACUGCGUCAUUAGUUUCGCCCUCCUCAUCGCCCUUCCUACCAGCGGUAGCAUGCUCGACAACAUGGGGGCCCAAGCCCUGGCAGGUCUCCUCAUGGCAGUUGUUUUUAUAGGAGGAGCUUGCUAUUUCGCCGCGCGAGCCCUCCUUAUCGGGCAGUGGCUGUCUCCCAAGACGAAGAUCUAA